AUGUUGAGCAACACAAAACAGAUUUCGUCCGGCUACCAGUGGUCUCUGUGCCAGAAGAUCCAGCAGAUGGCCAUCAACAAGAUCGCCGAACUGGAAUACCACCAGGUCUGCCGGAGUCGAAAGUCCUUUCCCGUCGAUCGCAAGUACCAGCACCUCAAGGUCGCCGCCGUGGCUCGAGAUACCUGCCUCAGGCUCCACUGGGAACAGACGUCGGCGUUGCUCAAUGCUCCCGUGCUCCCACAGACGUCCAUGUCCUACUCCCCAGCCGUAUCCAGCUACCAGCCCAAUGUGUCGUCGCUUGCUGCUGCUCCGCCUUCGCCUGCCCCGCUGCCUGUUGAUGCCGUUGCCUCGCCGUUUGCCCAGCCGAUCGCCAGCCCUCCCGUCCACCCCAUCAACCCGCUCUCUGCUGCCCUGCCUGUUUCGCCCCAGCUUGGAGCCUUGCCCAGCAAUCGCUUCGAAGGCCCAGCAGUCCCUUCUGGCCUCCAUCCCCAGUCCGUAGCCUAUUCAGCCCCGUCGCCGUCGCCGCCCCAGUUCAUGGCUCCCUUGAGCCCGUUGCUGUUCUCUCCCGAUGCCCUUUCGCCGGCGGGAUACCCGCUUCAUUCCGCAUAUCUCGAGCCCUGCCCUCCCGUCACCGUCGCUCCGAUUCCACCGUCGCUGCCUCCCGUCAUGGAUGCCUCUGGAUCCUGUGUCUACUACGCCUCGGACCCCGCUGUGGCUUUCGCUGGCACCCCACCGUCUUCCCCGUAUCUCGGCUACCCCGCCUACCCCGCUUUCAACAGUCCCAGGCAUAUGGGUGAUGUCGCCAUCAUGCCCUCCGAUCCCCUUUUGCAGUCGCCGGCCAUGUACUAUCUGUCGUACGGCUUCCAGCCAGUCGUGUCGACAGGCUACGAUGCCUCGUUUAUGCCGGCCAUGUCGAUCUCGCCACAGUAUCCGGCCGGCACGUACGUGCUCAGCGGGCCCGUUGGCUAUUUCCACCCCACAGGCGUCCCUGCUCCGGCCCAAGCCGACCUGGGUCUUUCGUAUGGCGUCCCCACGCUUGCCCAGCCGAUCCCGGAACCGUAUCCGCCUCAAGCGUAUGGAGCGCUCAUCCCGGAGCCCAUGCAGCACGAGCCGGUCGCCCAGCCCCCGGUUCCAAGCGAAAGCACUGUUCCUGACGACGAGAUCCUAGCAGCAUCCAAGGUUGACGACAGCGGCGACGACCGAAUCAACGAGAAGGGCGAUGGCAAGCACGCGGACAAGACGGGCUACCGCCCUCCAACGCCGAUUUCGCCCGAGAUCACGCAGUCGGAGGUCUCGUCAAGUCCUAACGGCUCUCCACCGACGGCGGAUGCGUCUGUAUCUACCGCCUGUGCCAUCGCUCACACCGGACCCGUGCCAUCGCUGCCAUCGCCGCCAUCGCUGUUAUCAUCGCCGUCGGCACUGCAGCUGUUCCAUUGCCCCUCGGAGACCACAUCGGCAAGCCCCGUGGAGAUGCACUCUGGCGUCAAGAGGCGACACCUCGUCGACCCGGCAACCGCCUGCGCCGUAGCCAACAAGAAGACCCGACUGCCGGAUCCGUGA